GCGGCUUCUGGUGAUGCUUCUGAGCAUGCGUGCGUGAGCCAGGCAUGCUCAGUACUUGCAAGGAAUGGUUGCCCGACAAGUCAGGAGUUUGUUUGAGAACCUGUGAGGGGCAUCAUGCCUCACAAGACAGAACUAUAUCAUGAUAUCCCACCAACAUGCUGGCCCAUUGUGUAUUCUCCAGAUUACAACAUUACAUUCAUGGGCCUGGAGAAGCUACAUCCUUUUGAUGCUGGGAAAUGGGGAAAAGUAGUAAAUUUCUUGAAAGAAGAAAAGCUCAUUGCAGAUGACUUGAUUGUACGAGCUCAAGAAGCAACUGAACAAGACCUUUUAGUUGUCCACACAAGACGCUAUUUGAAUCAGUUAAAGAAGCAUAUGCUGGAAAGCUUUGAAGAGUGGUCAUUUGCUGUGGCUGCAAUUACAGAAAUUCCACCUGUUCUCUUUUUGCCCAAUUUCCUUGUCCAGCGGAAGGUGCUAAGGCCUCUAAGAACACAAACAGGAGGAACAAUAAUGGCUGGAAAACUUGCCAUUGAGAGGGGAUGGGCUAUUAAUGUGGGUAAAGGCUUUCAUCACUGUUCAAGUGUUAUAAAGGUGGGAGGAUUUUGUGCAUAUGCCGAUAUUACAUUGGCUAUAAAGUUUUUAUUUGAAAGAAUAGAAGGAGUUUCCAAGGCAACUAUUAUAGAUCUGGAUGCACAUCAGGGCAAUGGGCAUGAACGAGAUUUCAUGGAGGACAGCAAAGUAUACAUUAUGGAUGUUUACAACAGGUACAUUUAUCCAGGAGAUGGAUUUGCUAAACGAGCCAUCAAGCGGAAAAUUGAAUUGGACUGGGGCACAGAAGACACAGAAUACCUUCAGAAAGUAAAAACACAUGUGGAAGGUGCAUUGAAUGAAGUGAAACCAGACAUCAUCAUUUAUAAUGCUGGCACGGAUGUUUUGGAAGGUGACCCAUUGGGAGGCCUGGCUAUAUCACCACAGGGAAUUAUUGAAAGAGAUGAAAUUGUAUUCAGAGCAGCUAAGAAACACAGAAUUCCUAUCUUGAUGGUGACAUCUGGAGGCUAUCAGAAGAGGACAGCUCGAAUAAUUGCAGAUUCUAUUAUAAAUUUGCACAACCUAGGACUUAUUGACAAAGAGCUUGUGCAUGGUGAAGCUGGAAACCCCAGGGUAGACCUGAUGAUUAGAGAAGGCAAGAAAGAACAACUAACCCGUCAGUGAAUUAAUAGAAUAUGGGAUUAUUGUAUGAUAAUAAGACUGCUCUCUAAUUGUUUAAUAUUUAAACCAAGAGACGAGAUUUUCCCAGUUCUCAUAGAAUUAAGGUACUUCAAUUGGGAAAGCUUUUUAAUUUGCCUAUAAACACCAACUUACCAGUGAUAAUACGUGAUGCCACAAGGAAUACUCAUGUACAAUUUAUUGUUGAGAUAUUAAAUGCUGUUUUGCUAAUUAAUAUGGAUGUACAUUCAGGUGGCUGAUAUGAACUCAAUGAAAAUUCCCCUUCCAGUUGGAUGUCCCUCAACAGAGUCCAAUCCUUAACUCUCAGCUUCAAAUUCUAUCACUGAUAUCCUUCUCUUCUCCUCCAUUUUCUCCUCAUAACAACCUCCCUUUGAACUCCUGCCUUUUUGCCUUCAGAGGAUUACAAUUGAAAAAGUCUUUACUGAUAGGAGAAACUUCAGCAUGUAGGCUAUUUGAGCAUCAUGUGCUAUACAUUAAUUGAAAAUAUACUUCUUUUUUAUAACUCCUUUUCUCUCCUUUGGGAAUCUAAAGUGUUUUUUAACAUUAGACCAAUCUCUAUUUUGUUCUCACAAAACCUAGUAAAGUAGGUUAGCUUGAGAAUAUGUGAUUGGCCCAAGAUUACCCAGAAAGCUUCCAUAGCAGAGUUCAAUACUCUUAACUACAACACAAUGACAGAGUUGUUCUUAGAUCAAGUCUCACUUUUCUGGUUAAUGGUCAAGAAUUGGUUGUUCUUGUGUUUGAAUUCAUCUUAUAAAAAAGAGAAAGAAUAGCAUGCCUUAGGUGUUAAAUGGACUCUCACCUCAUGGAGGUCAGGGUGAAGAUUGUCCUACCUUCAAAUUUCUCGAGUCAGAAAAGUUAGCAUUCACUGUGAUUUUUCAUUGAUAGUGGUUCUGUAGUGGGGCAGUCUACCCACUCAUAGUACUGUUCCUUCAGACCCAUCCCAAUUUAAGGAAAAGGGGAUUUGGUCUUGGUGGGCAUCAUUUUGUAAUUGAUUGGCCUAGACAGCUAGAGUCCACUAGAAUGUCCUUCUUGCCUAUCCUCUGAUGAUGCAAUCUUAAGUAUUCUUUCCACUUUGAAUAAUAUGGGGCUUACUUCCAAGUAGACUUGGCAAGGUUUGCUGUUUCUCAAUUCUCUGAUUUUGGAAGCAUUUCCUCCCAUGUGACGUUUUCUUGAAUUUCAGUUUUUAGUGUUCAUGUUUAAAGAGUGCUUUUCCAGGCUCAGCCCGGGAAAUUCUGGGAAGCCUCUCUCCUUGGCAUAUCACAUAUACAACUCUAUUUGUGACCUAGCAAAUAAACUUCCUGGAUGUAAAGGCUGCCUGACCACAGAACCUCCCAGAAUGAAAAUUCAUGGUGCGACAACUUUUCUGUCAAAUGUCUCACACUGUGUGUGGAGUCUUAAAUGCAGUGUAUGUGUGUGCUGUCAAGUCACAGAGUUUUCAAAGCAAAAGAUGUUUAGAUACUGUUCGUCAUUACCUGCCUCUGCAUAUUGACUCUGGCAUUCUUUGGUGGUCUCCCAUCUAAAUACUGGCCAACCCUGCUUAGCUUGUAAUAUCCAACAUGAUGGAACUAGCCUGGCCUAACCAAGUCAGGGCAUUUUUAUGCUACAUUUUGAAAAGGCAAUUUAAUAUAUCUACCUAUUACAUUUUUAUCCCUUCUCCCUUUUCCAGGGACCUCAGAUGGCACACACAGUUUAUCUUCAUGGUGUUAUUUGCAGCCCCACAUGGUCAGUGGUGGAGGGGGAAAGGGGCAGCAUAGGUUCCCGGUCUUCUUCAUGCACCCACCCAGCUCCAGCACCGCUGCCUGCUCCUUUUCCUUGCACAAUCUGUUUUGUUUUUAAUAUCCUUCAUUUGUGAAGGUUUGAGAGAGGGUUCCCCAAAUUUGGAGGGAAAAAAAAUCUCAAUUUAAAUGCUUAAGUAGUCCAAUUUAAAUCUUUUAGUGGCUUUUUUUUUUUUUGCUGGAUUGGGUUUAUUAGUACUCUAUUACGCAGGCAUAGCGUUUUCAAACAAGGCAAAGAGAGAACAUCUGUAAUAUAUUUUGAUUAAAGGUACUUUAUUGUUAAUAUGUAACAAUGUGUGACACUACUGAAUAAUGAUAUACUGUACACUACAUUCAAACAAUGAAUUCUUGAAAAUGACAAUAAUAUUAUUAACCUGAUGUAAAAUAAAUGUCAAUUACAUUUUUCAGAAUUUAUUCUGCUGCUUUUUAAGAAUAGUAUAAAGAUUUUUUCCUGUUCUCAUAAGAUUUGUGAAAGUAAUAGGGUGGGGGUAACCCCCUGUGAUAUUGCUUCAUCGGUAGCUACUAAUGGCAUAAUGAAUUGUUAUGGUCUGUCAUGGAUACACAAGCAGGGCAAGAGUGGGGAGAGCUUAGUGACUUUCCACUGAGUCCAGUGGGAGUUGGAACUUACACUGCCUCUUUUUCUCAGAUAAUGUUAUGCCAGGCAGGACUGAAAUAGAAAGGAGAACAGGAUACUGUCUAAAUACUGCUUCCUCCACUGAUCCUAAAGGAGGCAUGUCAUUGGUAUCACAUAGUCUUCAGGCUGGCAUUGUUCAGGAUGGGACUGCAUUGCUAGUGUAUGUCAUCAGGUUAUAUCUACUGUCUUAAAAGUGAAUAAUAUAAAGAAGCUCAGGUUUGGUUUGGUUUUACCUUUUAGUACUUUCUAAUAAAUUAAAUCUUGGUUUUGUAAGCAAUUUAAUGUAAUCUCUUUAAAUUUAAACUUUGUGGAUAAACUGUGUUUAUCAAACGAAGGCCGUUUCCGCACGGCCACGAUUGGGGGGUGCUUUGGUGUGCAUGACGCCAACGCACCCCCCUGGGACCGUUUGCACAAACGGUCCCGGUAGGGGCGGGGAAGACGGCGCAGCCUGCGUGGAGGCUGAGCAGU